GUGGUGAUAAUCUGCCACACCAGGACUAGCAGCGCUCGGGACGGGAGGGCAGCCGCCUGUCUCACGCACGAGUCCCGUUCAUCCGCAGUCAUAACUUUAAUUUGAGACACUAAACUCUGUUCUCAUGGUGGAUCCCCCAUCUGCCCCUCAAGGAGAGCGCAUGUAUAAUAUGCGUUGGUGAAGUGUUGCUCUGAGUGAAUGUCUCCUCCAGUCCCCAUGGAUUACAGCAAGUCGAUGGCUCCUCCGGUGCCCCCGCACAAACCCAAACCAGCCCGGCCGGGACAGGCCCAGGAGCGGCUGCUCAAGUGCGUCCUCCUCGGCGAUGGAGCGGUGGGCAAAACCAGCCUGGUGGUCAGCUACACCACCAACGGAUACCCGACCAAAUACGUCCCGACGGCUUUUGAUGACUUCUCGGCGGUAGUUCAGGUGGACGGAAACCCAGUCAGACUACAGCUGUGUGACACUGCAGGACAGGAUGAGUUUGACAAACUUCGCCACUUCUGCUACACCCGGACAGACGCCUUGCUCCUCUGCUUCAGCGUGGUCAGCCCGGCCUCCUUUCAGAAUGUCUGGGAGAAGUGGGUCCCCGAGAUCCGCCGCCGGUGCCCCCUCACGCCUGUCCUCCUGGUGGGAACGCAGUGCGACCUGCGGCAAGACGUCAAGGUCCUGAUUGAGCUGGCGAGGAGGAGGGAGAGGCCCGUGCUAGAGGAAGACGCUCGAGCGCUGGCGGACAAAAUCGGGGCAGUGACAUACGUGGAGUGCUCUGCGCUGACCCAGAAGAAUCUCAAGGAGGUGUUUGACGCGGCCAUCGGCGUGGGGCUGCGGCACUCUGACAGGAGAGCGCGGCGAGAGAGGAAGGUCCGCAGCACGGCCGAUAAGAUGAAGAUGCUCUCCAAGUCAUGGUGGAAGAAAUACGUGUGUGUCCAGUAGGGGAGGGAGCGGGGCAUCUUAUCUGUGACUGAUGAUAAAACUGGAACUGCUGAGCUGUUCAGGGGACUCUGCGUUGAUGAGCUGGAUACACAGACUUCUGUUUUCUGACCCCAGAGUGACUUUGAAUCAGUGAAGCAAUCGUGCCACAGAGGCAGAUCAUGCCUGCUUGAGCUGUAUAGUGGUUGCGGGUUGAGCAUGGCUUCAAUUUGACCUGAUUUUGUUGAUUCCUAAAGACAAAGAGUAUAAUGCUCUAACCACUUUGUGCUCCACAGAGCCAGUCUGAACUGAUUAUGUGACCAGCAUCCAACGAAACACAAUGGAAUUAAUCAGAGUUUAUGGCACAUGGACUGAGAAUCAUGUUUUCUCUACACUGGACUUGGCCAAAGGAAAUACGAGCUGACUUAGUGGGGAGGAGUUACGACUGUGAUCUCAUGCACUCAAAGUAUACUCCCUCACAUCUGUUGAAUUUGAUGCCCUUCUUUAACCACGUACAUAAUUUGAUGUGCUCUACACUGUAAUUCAACCCAAUGCCCUUUCAUAAGAUCUGCUUUUAUAUUUUUACAGAUGGAAUCAAAACGUGAAAUUAAUACAGUCGUAGAGAGCACAAUGCUAAUUGCUUGUCUUACCCCCAAUCAAAGAUGUAUCCUAUUACUUAAAAUCAAAGCCAGCACUGCACCUUUGUUGCCUAAAUCACAAGCACCUACAACUUCACUGAUAGCUUGUGUAGGGUUAGAUAAGACCUGAUGAGAUUUUGUUCUGGAUAAUAAUAAUAAAAAAAAAAGUAUGUGAAUUUAAAUUUUUAUAACAUCUAUGAGUUUUUGAGGAUGUGUCUGGCUCUAGAUUGAACAGUACCAGGUCAUAGUGUGAGUGUGUGUGCGUGUGUGUGUCUGUGUGUGUGUGUGUGUGUGUGUGUGUGUGUGUGUGUGUGUGUGUGAACCACAACACUGUAUGGAGGUUCCUCUGGGCCUGCCUGUGUCUGUACCACAUUUGUGAGUGUUGAUACAGCUGUCACACUGUUAGCAGACCACACAUUCAAGGCCCACAACACACACCGUCCCCAAAACUCCUCCCCAAUACACAUCCAAACAACGAAACCCACUUUAAAAAAUAUUAGUAGAAUGCAGCAAAUGCCUAUUGAUGUUUAUUCAGCUGAUAUGGAAAAAAAAAAAACAUAUGAUCAGAACAUGUCAAGUGUAGGUUUUGGCCAGAUUUGAAGUUUCAGUUGUUGCAUCACUGUGACAGUAAACCUUCACCUGGAGUGUUGUGCAAAACAGAAUGAGUGUGUUGAUUUCCAGAACUUUGUGCCUCGGCCACAAAGUGACAACAGCGAGUUGAUUGGGUGGUGCCACGAUACAUUGCACUUAUCACACGUAGUCCAAACACAUCACUGAAGUCCUGCCAUGCAAUGGCCUUUGGACAAUUACAGGGUUUGAUGUUACUGUGUCAUUGUAAUCAGGACCUCUAGGUUUCAGUUUAAACAGAUUAUUACCCCCCCACACCCACCCCCACCCCCCCCUUUGUUCGUCAGCGUGUUGGAGCUAUCUCCUGUUUUGAAAUGAUAUGUUAAAUGAGCUGAAAUUGCCAGAGAGGCUGAUUCUAUGUUUGCUUCUUAUUUUUCAGAAGCCUGUGUCUGUCAGCGCUCUCUGUUUAUCUGUUCUGUCUGGCCCAUUUCUGCACGCAGCCUUUGAUCAACAAGUGCAGAACAAACUUAUGAAAUGUUGUAUGCCAUUAUGUAUGUUACAUAGUAAUCAUCUAUGAUGUUUCUAUCAUAUGUGUAAUGUCAUCAGGGUAAAUCUGUAUGUAUAUAUAAAUAUAUAUAUACAUAGGUUGUACUGGCCCACACUAAAUGGUACUUCAUGGUACUUUGCAGUAUGAGUGUUUCAGUUGGUGUCUGGUACUGGCAUGAGAGCAAUUUGUUAAGCUAUAUGAGGAACAAAAUAAAAUGUGAAAUCUUAAA